AUGAAAUAAAUAAUUUAUUUAUUUUAUUUAUUUGCUUAUCUUUACAAGAAUAUUAAAUUUGACAGUAAAUAUUAAUUUAAAAUAUUAUUAUUAAAAAUGCCAAAGGACAAAGAAAAAGAUAAAAGUAAAGAUGCAAAGGACUCAAAGGAUAAGAAAAAGUCCUCUGAUAAAUCUGUUGAUAAAAAAGAAAAAGAGAGUAAAAAGGAUUCUAAAUCAGAUAAAUCAGUGGAUACUAAAAAAUCCAAAAAAGAAGGAGAUAAAAAAGCAGUAAAAAUAGAUGAGGCUCCAUCAAAAGCUGAAUUACAAAAUUAAGAGUCGCCUGCAAUUCAAUAGAGAUAGCUUGUUGAAAUUCCAGCUGUUCAACCAGAAGAAAGACUCUGUAUAAGACAUAAAUUACCAUUAAAAUAUUUCUGUGAGACUAAUGAAGAACCAGUUUGUGAAUAAUGCACUAUUUAGGGCCCACAUAAUAACCAAUUACAUAGAAUUUGUAACUUACAUGAUGCCUUCAAUAGAAGAGCUGGUAAGCUUACAUUUUCAAUAGAAAAUAAUCUUAGAGAGAAAUCUUUGCUUUUAGGGGCUUAGCUUCAUAGAGUUGAAUAUAGAAUUGAAGAAAUAAAAUAUAUAACAACUAUUAUAGAAAGAGAUAUAAGAGUUGAGUAUGGAGGUAUAUUAGAAAGAUUAAAUAAUGCUGAGGGAGUUAAGCUUUCUAUAUUAAAUCAUGACGUUGAAGGCCUUUAAAAGGAAUUAAGUAAAAUUAAUGAAAUAGGUCAUACUUUCUUUGAAUUGAUUAAAGACCCUACUAAUCCUGUUCCAUUCCUUCUCUAGUCUAGAAGCUUAUGGGAAAAUGCUAACUACUAGAUAAACAAGCCAUUUAAAAAGGAAAUAAAUGUGUAUCCAUAUGACAUGCCAAGAGAAUUGUAACAAGUUAGACAAAAUCUAUCUUAAAUAGAGGCUAAUAAUGCUCUCAUAACUUAAAAAGAUGAAAUAAUUUGGAAGCUAAUUCAAGAAAAGUAAAAUUUAGAAACUUUUAAAGGAGCAUCUUAACUAGAAGAAGAAACAAACUAAGAAGUAUAAGAAUGGGCAAAAUUAGCUGAAGACUUACAGUAGUAACUAUAAAAAUACCAGCUUGUUUGUUUCUUUUGUGGAGCUCCUGUCGAUGAAAAAAUAGUAAACAAGAGUUGUGCAGAAAAUAAGAAAUUAUAUAGCCCUUAAAUUAUUGGUUUUACAUCCAAACAGCCUAAAGUUAAGUUUUAUGGAAGCAAAAGACAUUUCUUUGCUAAACCUCUAGAUAUAGAGAUUUUGAAUAAAAUAAAGCAUCAUAAAGCAGUUUAAAUACCUAUUUAAGAAAUAUAAAAAGCACAAGGAAUUUCUUUGUAAAAAAAUAUUAAUGUAGAAGAUUUGCUUAAAGAUGUUACAGAUGAAGAAGGAUAUAUCUCUAAUGUAAAAUUCUGUGCAGUUUUAAUUCGCAAUUUGAAUAUGCAAAUAGAUGAUUUAGAAAAAAUAAUAAAUUGGCUUGAUCCUUAAAAUAUAGGUAAAAUUAGUGGAAAGUAUUUCUUAAAAGCUCUUAAAGAGAUUCCUCUAGAAGAUUAAAACUAGUGA